UUUUGAUCUUUGUUUUGUAGGAUGCCAUUUGUAUAUAAAAUUAUCAUUGUAGGAAAUUAUUAUCAAUAAAACAAUUGAAUAUCAUCUGACAUUUCAUCUGAUUACUCAUACUUACCUACUGUAUUUAUUUGAAUUUUCCCGCUUUCUAUGACUAUACGCCACCUUGCGCUCGCUGUCAUAACCAAAUACGCGAAAUCAGCUGAUGUCAUCUCAUAUUCUCAUCAUCUGUUGUGUCGUUAGUUGAUGGUGUAGUUCAAAAAUCCAACCUAUACUAGUGGGUUUACAAUGAAUCAAAAUGCACGCAACUGAUGCUAAAAUAUUGAACAACAUAGUAAACAGUACCACUGUGCCAGCUAAAAAUGACUUGUUGAACGAAUGGCAGUCCGAAGGAAAGGACGUCGAAGAUUUUCCAGCUACAAGAAGCGUUGUCAUCGAUGGUUUGUCCAAACGAAUAACUCAAAUCUUGUCGUACAAAGUUUCACAGGAAGCUUACCAGAGAUAUUCAGUCAGACUUCAUGUUAUUGAAACUUUGAGGGAUUGGAGCAAGUUGAAAGGAGAUGUAGGAAAAGCUCUGGUGUUUCAAGAUUCUGAAAAGUCUCAUGCUUUUCUGGUGCAUCUCUUGAAAAAGUAUAUGAAGCCAAAGCAUUUAAGUAUGUGCAGCGAUAUGGAACAUCUCAUUCAAGUGGGAGAAGUUUUGUUUAAUGCGAUCGAAAGGUCCAGGUCAUCGAUGAACUGCUUUGUUAAAGUAAUUGAGAGGAUUAUCAGUUUAGAGCAGACUGAGAAAAGUGAACAAUUUUUAAUGCGUGUCAUCGAUAGUAGCGAUGAUUUACGAUUAGAAUUAUCAUUAGUGGAAAAAAUAUUUGCUAGCUUAAAAGUACAGUUUAUAGAAAAACCUCUCGCUGAUUGUUUUGUUGCAUGCUGCAUGGACAAGCACAAAAAGGAACUGCAACUGAGCAGCAUGAGCAUGUUUUUUAAAAAAGUUAUUGAUAGCCCUUUAUUAUUUUCAAUAAUGGCAAAUAGUUUGAGAGAGUUGUUUGUUGAAACCAAAUUUGCCAAAGCAGCACAGGAUUUUAUAAAAAAAGUGUUGGAAAAAAUACAGAGCCAAUGUGAUGAAUAUCGUAAAGAUAUUCUGGAAUUGUAUCCAGCAAGCUUGCAGCAUUGUGUUCUACUUUUGAGGAUAAAGCCAAUUGACCAUACGACAAAAUCACAGAGUAGAGCAGUGCAAUCAUUGCAGGAUAUAUUUUUCAAAGACUACAAUGAUGCAUUGAUGCUGGUAUCUCACUUCCCAGAUUGGUUACCACAGUACUUGGACUUUUCUAGAGACCUUGAUGAAGUUAUUGAAAAAUCAGAUGCUUGUUAAUAAUUCUAAAUACAAAUAAUUGAAAGUAUUGGAUGAAUUUGUAAAUAAACGAUUUUUAUUUUUAUAAA